AGACUGAAUUACUAUGAUGAAUUUAGACUCACCAGGAACGAGCACAUUUUUUUUUUUUUUACACUGGCAUUCACAGUAACAGAUUUCAAAUAAUAAAACGAACAGGCUCGGUGGCGGUGCGCAUGACGUCAGAAGCUCCGGUGUACUGAACAGUUCUCAGAAUAGAAUCAGAGUAGAAUUCUUGGAAUUGGUUCAUUUUAAAAGCCGAACCCACACACCCUCCCUCACAUGCUAAGAACCCAUUUUAGAGACAACACUCAUCUGCUGCUCUGUAUCCUAUUUUUCUACAUUUCAUAUUUAUUUUAGUGCUUUUGAAUUAGUUUAUUCAUUUUCGGAUGCGUCUCUAUUCACUUAACAUUUGCGUGAGACAUUAAUUAGAAUAAAAUAAGAACAUUCCUUUGUAUCGACCAGCUAUAUUUUCGUGAAAACCGCUGUGGAAUUAGACUAUUGUGGAAUAUUGAAGACUCACCAUCAUGAUUCUUUGUGUUCAAGGCCCCAGACCACUGCUGUCUGGCAGCCCCACAGAGGGCCCCGUGGGCAUGCGGACAGGGAGCAUCUCCUCACCUCACUGCCUUCACAGCACUCCUCCACAGUGGGACCCCACGAAUGACCUGCGCACCAUCGGCAAAAACUUCUUCUACCUUGAUACCUCAGGCUGGUACUGGGGAGCCAUCACAGCAGGUCAGGCCCAUGCAGCUCUCCAGGCAGCGUCAGAGGGGGCCUUUCUGAUUCGAGACAGCAGCCAUCCCCUGUACAUGCUGACCCUGUCUGUUAGGACUGCCCGUGGCCCCACCAGCAUACGCAUCCAGUACAGUGGAGCCCGGUUUCUGCUAGACUCCAGCUCGCCAGCCCGACCCAGCCUUUUGUCCUUUCCUGACGUGCCUAGCAUGGUGCAGUACUAUGUAGGACCAACGAGGAAGGUGCAGAAGGGCAAGGUGGAGGAGACUCAUGGCGCACAGCCCGCCCAGAGGACAGUUCAGGAGAGCACAGUAUUGCUGAAGCUUAAGCGGGCCCUGCACAAGCCCCAGGCCUUCCCCUCCCUCCAGCACCUCACACGCCUCACCAUCAACCGCAGCACAGGCUGUCCGGACCAGCUGCCACUGCCACGCCCACUAGUGCGCUACCUGCAGGACUACCCCUUCCAUGUAUGAGGGUCCUCUGGUGCUGAAUUAAACGAAACAGUUCAACUAAACCUUGAGGAGCACUGUCAGUAAGAUGUCCCUGGCAGCUGGAAACAACAUCACUGCACUGGCAACUAAUGGAGCCACAUCAGACAUACGGUUGGUCAUGAGACCAUGUUUGGGAAAGAACCUUCCAGAAAAUGGUGCCUGGUUUUGGAUUUCUCAGAGGGAAGUGGGGUCCUGUGUACCCCCCCCCCCCCAAUUCACAGAGGUGAUUCACUGGAAAACACAACAUGGUGCUAACUGUAGUGUCUCCUCGUGCUAUGAGGGGUACAGGUUCUUUCUGUUUCUGAGCAGUGAAUUGCUUUUCAGUCAGAUGUAAAUUGUUUAAUUUUUUGUUUAGUCAACAUUGUUACUUUUUUACCCGCCCGACACUGUACAUAUCCCUUUUUUUAUUAAAACAAUAUUCAACAUGA